CUAAACAUUUACCUAGAGAAAAAAUGAAAAACUUUGUUGUCUUUCUAUUUGUUUUAACUCUUUGCUUGCUUAACCAUGUAUCAGGCGGUGGAGUCAGGAUUGCGAACGAACUUAAAUUCAACAAAAAACUUUGGAUGAGAUGUUAUUCCAAAGAUAAUGUUAUUGGUCCAAAAAUAAUACCAAUUGGACAUCAUUAUUCAUAUUAUUUUGACAUUAAUUUUUUAGGUACAACUCGUUUUAUGUGUACUUUGAAACAAGGACCAAACUAUAAACACUAUCAGAAUUUUACAGCAUUCAAGAUUAUUAAUAUUAAAAAAAUCGGAGGCCUAUGGGAUUGGAGAGCAAGAGAAGAUGGAAUUUAUUUAGAGAAACGAGAUAAAGAUGGUCAUUUUGUUCCGCACCCAGUUAAUCCGCAUAAAGUAUAUGAUUGGAUUAACAAAAAAAAAUAG